AUUCCUGUCCUCUGGCGGACAAGAUGUGAGUUAAACGGAAAUCGAUAGGGGAGGAUCCUCGCGGGAGCAGGCUUUAUACAAUCUGUUAACCCUCGCGCUGCUCCUGUCCCAUGCGGAGACAUGGUUGAAGGUCGGGAACACGUUUUUUCCAUACUAUAUUAGGGUACUAAUUUAUCAUUCUCAGCACUAUCGAAAAAGAUCAGGAAAAGAGAAGUGAGAGGAACAUAAAAGUUUUCCAAAAAAACGAGAGGAGUGAACGGCAUAGGGCGACCGGGGCCAGGGCUCCUUGCUGAUCCGGUGUAAAUAUGACGUCUCUGUCCGGUUCUGCUCGCGCUCUGAACGCUGUUCUGAUCAAAGACAACCCGGGAUAAUAGAAAAAUACACCAGGGACCUCAACACACACAAACACACACACACACACACACACACCACAGAGCGCGCGGCACAGUACAAACCAAUCCAGCAUGACAGCGCGAGCAGCAGCGGAGGAGCUCACCACAGACGGGCAACAGACCUCUUCAUCAGCAUGAGAUGAGGUCUAGAGACUUGUUAAUAAAGUUGUAUCGGUCAUUCAUUUAUCCAGCCACACUUCUACGGCCGCUCGGUCGGCACCUUCAGCAGAGGACCACCAAAUAUAAGACAGAAGAAGACGCACGGUGCUGGGAACUACUGCACUUGUGAAAAGAAGACGCACGGUGCACUCCUGUCAGGGGAGAGUUGUGCGCAGCACCGGAGCUGGGGGAUACCUAUUUGGAAACGGACAGACGACGCACUGCGAGGACAGCAAACGGUGUUGUGUGUAUUGGAGUGUGUGUGUGUCUAGUUGGAGUGUGUAUUGUAGUGAGGGACUGUGUGUGUGUGUAGUUGAAGCGAUUAAAAGGUGUUUAAUCCUGGAACACGCAGCAGCCGGAUCGGCUUCUGUUUCACCUGGAACCCGCGAGUCAACAACACAACUCAGGGUAGUGCGAGGUGACUCUGCGAGGGGAAGGCGUGCUCCCCCGGGGGGUAGGAGCGAUGAGCGCCCUGCGUAUCCCGGUCCUACUGGCGCUGCUGGUCCUCCUGCUGACUGCUGGCUUCUGCAAACAGAGCUUCCUGGACGUGAGCGAAGGGGCGCGGACGGACGGACACAACCUCCUGGAGCUCAUCAUGGACAAGGUGCGUCUGACUCGGCAACAAGACGAGGUACACGUCCGUUACCCCGCCAAAAAACAGGAGUUCACCUUGGAGACCAAGGAGGGGAAUGAAGUGAACAAGUCUCACCAUGGAGAACACAUCAUAGAGGUGUUCCCCAGAGACCUGAGACAAAAAGAAAAGUUCCUCAAACACCUAACAGGUCCUCUAUUCUUUAACCCAAGGUGCAGGAAACACUUCUAUAGACUAUACCACAACACCAGAGACUGUACCAUCCCUGCCUACUAUAAGAGAUGUGCCCGUCUUCUCACCAGACUGGCAGGCAGUCAGAGGUGUACAGAGAGGUAGAAUACCAGACUGGCAGGCAGUCAGAGGUGUACAGAGAGGUAGAAUACCCUGAGCCCAUGAAAGAGAGAAGUGCCUUGAAAAGCAACGGGGAAUUGAGAUUGUUGGUUACGUUCGCACCACAGACUGCCACUGUUUGCAGAGAGCUCACACAAUACUCGACUCUACAUUCUAAAUGGUGCAAAUGAAGAGACUUGUUGGACUGAAGAAAAUACAUCCUCAUAGUUCUACUGCCAAAAACCAUGACGACACAACACGUGGAUACUAGUUUGGAUACUAGUUUACGACACUUGGAUUAUAUUUUUCGUACAACAUGCCACUCUCUGGGACUGCUUCAGUGGUCAUCGACAUGCCUUCACGUUUUAAUUUGAGUUUUUAAUCAUUUUGCUUUUGGAUUACGGUUGGAGAUUGGACGGUGGCCUCUGAGCUGCGGUGGUUGUGUGUUGUGGGCAGUGGCUUCAGACUGAAAUAUAGACAGUAGUCUUGAUCUUCUCUUCAGCUACAUUCCACAAAAGUGAACUAAUCUAAUCCCCAAUGAAAUGACUGAUUGAUCGCCUGGUGAUAAUCUAAACCCUGAUGGAAUGACUGAUUGAUCGCCUGGUGAUAAUCUAAACCCUGAUGGAAUGACUGAUUGAUCGCCUGGUGAUAAUCUAAACCCUGAUGGAAUGACUGAUUGAUCGCCUGGUGAUAAUCUAAACCCUGAUGGAAUGACUGAUUGAUCGCCUGGUGAUAAUCUAAACCCUGAUGGAAUGACUGAUUGAUCGCCUGGUGAUAAUCUAAACCCUGAUGGAAUGACUGAUUGAUCGCCUGGUGAUAAUCUAAACCCUGAUGGAAUGACUGACUGGUAGCCUGGUGAUAAUCUAAACCCUGAUGGAAUGACUGACUGGUAGCCUGGUGAUAAUCUAAACCCUGAUGGAAUGACUGACUGGUAGCCUGGUGAUAAUCUAAACCCUGAUGGAAUGACUGACUGGUAGCCUGGUGGUCUGCAACAGGACUCUCAUGCUACCUCAGCAGGUAUACUCUGCCCUACUGCAGAAUGUCAACUCUGACAUUUUGGACAUUAUGGACACUGCAUGAAGACUAGUGUUGCUAAAUUCUGGUAAUUUUCCUCAAAUUCCCUUCGUUUUCCAGAAAUCCUGUUUGGAAGAUUGCUGGAAUCAAGCAGGAAAUCUGCGAUUCAUCCAAUCAGUUACAGGAAUUUUUCAACCCCAACGAGGACCAAUCUGAAUUCACUGACUAUUCUCUACUACUGGCUAAACCUAUACAGUGUACUACUGGCUAAACCUACACAGUGUACUACUGGCUAAACCUACACAGUGUACUACAGGCUAAACCUACACAGUGUACUACUGGCUAAACCUACACAGUGUACUUCUGGCUAAACCUACACAGUGUACUACUGGCUAAACCUACACAGUGUACUUCUGGCUAAACCUACACAGUGUACUACUGGCUAAACCUACACAGUGUACUACUGGCUAAACCUACACAGUGUACUUCUGGCUAAACCUACACAGUGUACUACUGGCUAAACCUACACAGUGUACUACUGGCUAAACCUACACAGUGUACUUCUGGCUAAACCUACACAGUGUACUACUGGCUAAACCUACACAGUGUACUUCUGGCUAAACCUACACAGUGUACUACUGGCUAAACCUACACAGUGUACUACUGGCUAAACCUACACAGUGUACUACUGG